ACUCAACCUUGGAGCGCAGUGCGCGUGGCCGGUGGCGGGUGUACGCGGGGUACGCGGUGGGGGGUACUCCGGUACGGCGGUGGCGGUCACGCCCGGCUGGCCGAGCUCAGCGUGACGUCAGCGACACACCCUCGUCUGUCCGGUAUCGACCUGCGCGGCGCGUCGGCGGCACGCAGCCCGGUCCCGGGUGGGAGGGAGCACAUGAGCCCGCCCAGCGCCUCCGCCGACGCAGACGCUGACGUCAACCUCAGCCGGCCGCACAGCUCUCGGCGCCGGCGGUUAUUUCCGCUCCGGGGACGGUCCCAUCGCGCCACGCGCCACUGCUGGCACCGAGUGCAGCGACAGUGAGCGGCUGCCAGCCCUAGUGUGCGCCCCUCGGCCGAGCGACCGCCACCGCCUGCCCGCCGCCGCUGGUCCGAGACACGAGGUCAUACAGCGGGUCACAGGACUGUGAACGGUGAACGGAGUGACCGGCGGUGACACCGUGUGACCCGGUGGCCUCAGGUGUGACCGGGUGACCUCAGGUGUGACCGGUGACCGGUCGCGUGUGACCCAGUCGGGCGGUCGGCUCUCGUUCGGCGAUGCUGCAGCGUUCGCGUGCGGUGCUGCGCCUGCUGCGGGAGCACCGGGCGCUGUCUCCGGUCGGCCGCGGCGCGGUCAGCAGUCCCGCCACCCCGACCAGGGCGGUGGCCGGCGGAGCGCACCCGUUCGGCCCGCCGCCGCCGCCCCUCACCCGGCGUCUGCAGGUCACCAGGCGGUGUCAGAGUCUCAGCGACGUCAACAACGAGAGAUCGUCGACUCCCCCGCCGGGCCAGCGGCUGUCCUCGGAGGGCGCUCAGGGAUCGUGGAAGUCGCAGGUGUUCACUGAUGCCGAGCAGAUCGACGAUGACAUCGAUAAGAAAAGCCCGGCCGAGCAGCGCCAGGCGUUUGAUAUGCUGGAAGACAGCAUUUUCUACAUGUUCUCAAGAGACGGCAAGACCAUUCAGAUUGGCAAGUUUCUAGCCGCGCUGCGGGAGACCGGUCUGCGUAAGAACGACCGCCGUCUGCGUGAGAUGACCGAGAACCUGUACAAGGUGUACGAGGAGCGGUCGGGUGCGCCGGACGUACACAGUCCGGAGAGCCAGGUGCUCGACCUGCCCACCUUCAGACGUCUGGUGACGAGCAACAUCCACCUGAUUUCGCGGGCCAUGCGCCAGCGGUUUGUGAUUCCCGACUUUACCAACUUCUGCCGGGAUAUCGAGGCCAUCUACUGGCACUGCAAGUCUUCCGCCGGCGGAAAGGUGGCGUCGUACAUCCCGCAGCUGGCGCGGUACGACCCCAACUUCUGGGGCGUGUCGGUGUGCACCGUGGACGGCCAGCGCUACUGCAUCGGAGACGUGACCGUGCCGUUCACCGUGCAGUCCAUCAGUAAGCCGCUGACGUACGGCCUGGUGCUGGACGAGCUGGGGGAGGACAUGGUGCACCAGUACGUCGGACAGGAGCCCAGCGGACGCAUGUUCAACGAGCUGGUGCUCGACCACAACAAGAAGCCGCACAACCCCAUGAUCAACGCGGGCGCCAUCAUCGUGUGCUCGCUGCUGCAGACGCUGGCGCACAAGGAGAUGAACCUGGCAGAGCGGUUUGACCACGUCAAACAGUACUUCUCGCGUCUGGCCGGUGACGAGUACGUGGGCUUCAACAACGCCGUGUUCCUCUCGGAGCGCGAGGCGGCCGACAGAAACUACGCCCUCGGCUUCUACAUGCGCGAGAACAAGUGCUUCCCCACCAAGUCCAACCUGCGAGAGGUGAUGGAUUUCUACUUUCAGUGCUGUGCCAUGGAGACGACGUGUGACGCCAUGUCGGUGAUGGCCGCGACGCUGGCCAACGGCGGCAUCUGCCCCACCUCCGAGGAGAAGGUCAUGUCCACGGACUCAGUCAGGGACGUCCUCAGCCUGAUGCACAGCUGCGGCAUGUACGACUACAGCGGACAGUUCGCAUUCAAUGUGGGUCUGCCGGCCAAGUCGGGCGUCUCGGGCGGUAUGAUGCUGGUCGUUCCCAAUGUGAUGGGCAUCUGCCUGUGGUCACCGCCACUCGAUAUGUAUGGAAACUCGGUCCGCGGCAUUCAGUUCUGCAGCGAACUGGUGAACAUGUUCAACUUCCACCGCUAUGACAACUUGAAGUACAGCACGGACAAGAAGGAUCCGCGGCGUCACAAGCACGAGACAAAGGGCAUCAACAUCGUGAACCUGCUGUUCUCGGCUGCCUCCGGAGACGUCAGCGCCAUGAGAAGGCACAAGUUGUCCGGUAUGAACAUGUCGGAGCGCGACUACGACGGCCGCACGGCGCUACAUGUGGCCGCCGCCGAGGGCCACCUGGAGUGUGUCGAGUUCCUGCUGCGCCACUGCCGCGUCUCGCCGUCCAUCCAGGACCGGUGGGGCAACACGCCGCUGGAGGACGCCGAGCGGUUCCAGCACGCGCGCGUCGCCGAGCUGAUCCGCUCCUUCCAGCAGGGCGCCGACGGCGAGACGGUCGGUCAGCCCGAGCCCGGGGAGGGAGCCGGAGCGGAGGACGGCCAGGUGGGCGACGGGGCCACCGUCGGGGGAUCCAAGUAGGCAGGGAAUGGGACUGGGGGAGGGGAGGAUUCACGCCCGGUGGGCGCCGGACGGCAGACGGGAGACGGGAGCUAACUCUUGUCUCAAUGGAGACUGUGGAUGCGAGUCCCGCGUUAUUUGGUGGGUCCGAAUCCGCGAGUCUCCAGCGGUCUUUCCGUAGGCUGGAGGGGGUUAGUGGGCGCCAGCCUUCAAAAUAGACUCAGGAUGCGCACAGAAUGGUUACAAAAUACUGGUUAUAUGAAGGAUUCGUUUCCUGCUUGUGGCGCAACUUGUUAGCAUUGUCAGAUAAUUGUUACUUCCAGAGUAAGGAUAGACAGCAAGUUUCUAGUAACAGUCCUGAUGUCCUGACAGUAAGUUUCUAGUCAGUUUUCUAGUCAUGAUAGUUCUAAAGCCCAAACAUAUAUCUCUUCUUUGUUGAUCUGUCGUGAUAUCAUAGCUUGGUUUUGCCAUAUCGCGUUCAAUCUUAUAUCGGGGCUUUCUUGCUACUGAUAAAGGCUCAUUUUCUAUGCAUGACGGUUAAAUUUCGACCUCCUCCCAAAGCGAUAAUGUGAUACCAACACAUUGCACGGUGGAUUAUUCAGCGAUAUCAGAAGGAAUAACUGCGUACAUAGUCGUUACUCACGGUGUUGUUGCUAGCGAGUUGAAUUCUCCAACUUCUGUGAUAGCCUAGAGUAGAUAGGUGCUUUCCCUCGUGCACUGCUUACUCGUAGGUCCUACCGGGACGAGAAGUCCCCUGCAGCAUCAUGUGCCAAUGCAGCCGGCUCGGGUGACCCGUCUCCACACUCGGAGCGCUUUGUCUCCCUGUGUUCAAUGUCCGGCAGAAGUUAGCCGCAGAAUCUGCGAUUGCCGCACCAUGCCGGACUAGCUGAUGUAGUUUCCACUCGGCGCGCACCUGUGCUUCAGCGCGCUGUUGUUGCACCUUUUGUCCCUGGGUUUGGUCGAGUUGCCAUCUCGUCGAUUGCUGGAGACCAGGACAGACGCCCGGUCGUUUCGAGCGUCCUGGUCGCAGCGUGGUUGAACCCUGCCCUGUCCGGCUGUGCGCCGCGUGUGCUCGCGAAUAGGGACGGAUCAGCGGCAGAAGUGAGGCAGCCGAUGGAGCCUGUGAUCCAGAGUUUGAGGCGCUACUGACCCGAAGAUUAGGACAACAGUGUUGUACAGUUUUCCUUGACUCCAUUGUUGGAGUAAACAAUUUUCGUUAUCAAUGCCUACAUCGUCCUCUUCCCUUUCGAAUAACAAUAGUAAUUGGGUUAUAAAAGGCACUACCCAUUUGCAGAAGGUUGACUGCAUACCUGCGAAUAUUUUCAUUUGAGAAUUAACAGCCAUUAUUGUUUUUUACGUUAGUUUUUGACAACGCGUAUAAACGACGCCUUGCCUACAUGAUCAAACAGUGAAUUGCUUACUCUACACGGUUAUUUAUUAUUUACCGUAGUCGGUUACUUCUUCCGGACAGCCAGUUUCAUCUUAUUUUCCUCGUUAUAUGUUGUAUGGUGCAGAUGUUUCCGUUGAUGAUCAAUGUUGACUCAAUUAUGUAGCGCAUUUUGAGGCAGCUCAUCGCUUUGUCACCUUUCGCUAGACUGCUGCUGGUGACUUACGAUGUUUGGUUGUUAUGUUGUCAGUGCAUACUUGCUCAUGUCUUGCAACUAGUUGCGGGUAGAAGUCACGCUUUGUGACCUUAGGAACCAACCCUGGUAUGUGUGCUGCCAUUUCCCUGCGGUGAACAUUUUGUUCGUUUAGCGUUUUCCGUCGCCGGGUGCGCCGCAGCCCGGCGGCGGUGGAUCUGUCGUCAGAUGCUCCGGUCUGUGUGUUUGUAACGAUGGUAAGAGAUCUCAUGUUGUGCUUGAUCCGGAUGGCCACUCCCGGCUCCGUCGGGCCAGGAAAAGGAGAGCAAUACACGCAUGUUAUCAUAA